UUUCGGCAAAAAAAGGAAUGAAAAAGAAAAUUUUGGCAAUCAAGAAAGACAAAAAGCAAGCAGGAAAUCAAAAUUUCGGCAAACGUUAUAUUUUUGAGUUUAUAAUUUGAAUUUGUGUGCAAAUCAAAAAGAAAAGGAAGCAAAAAGUUUUAAGUUGCAUCUAAGUUUUUAAGAGAGCAAAUUACACUAACAAAAGAAUUUCUGAAAUAAGCAAAGUUGACGCGCGCGUAACGGAAAUACGCGCAAAGCUUUACCAGCGUACGGGAAAAAGUGCUGCGCGCGUUGAACAAUACGACAUUCAAAAUUUGAAUUUUUGCGACAAGCCAACGGCCCAACUCGAGAACAAAAUGAAUGUAAGCAAGCAAGCAAGUAAAUAAAUGCUUCAGCACAAACAAAACAAAGAAAAACAACUACAAACGCGGGCAACGUGGUAACUAAAAGCAAACAAAAUAAAUAAAUUUAUUUUCGCUUUUUACGCGCCGCGCAGGAGGCUACAGCAAAAUUCGCCACACAUCAAAAUUCGUUAUACCUUUUAGUUACGUUCGAUUCUACCCGUUUAUUUUUAAGUUCAAUUGAGUUUAAUUAAAAAAAUUUAAGUUAAUAAGCAAGAAAUGAGUAUUAAAAAAUUAAUAAAUAAGAAGCAACAACCAAGUAUUACAACGCACAAGAAGCAGCAGAAGCGGACAAGAAAUUUAAAUACAAAUAAAUAAUAAAAGAAUAUAAUAAAAAAUCAACUCCAAUAAAAUCGACGAGAAUUGAAACGAAUAAAUCAUGAAAAAACCAAAGUACGAACAAGUUCCGAAAAAAAAGAAAAAAAAUAAAAUGGUCAAAAAUACGCGGCAGAACCAAGCGAGUGAACUAGCCAGUCAAACGGCAGAUUGGCUGUCUGUGUGCUUAAGCAAGUUGUGUGCUACUGAGAAAUUUAACUCUUUUUGUGCUGUAAAAUUACAAAGUACAAGCAAAUUGUUGUAAAAGAACCAACUGGAAAAACACAAAUACGAACUUUGAAAAAUAUUAGCAAUAAAGGAUAUUAAAAUAUAGUUUUAAAAAAUUGCAAAUUAAUAUUUAACAACACAAGCAAAGGAUAGCAAGCAAGAAAUAGCGGCAACUGCGGAGCAGCAGUAGCUGAGCGCGGCCUGCAAACAACAGCCAACAGCAGCGCAAAUUCUUCGAAAGCAGCAGCGACACAAUUGUGAGACAUUAACCGACAACGACGAUUCAGCAACACGAGAGGCUAAACGAAAUAUUCGAACGAUUGUAAAAUUCGUAAGAAAGAAGUCGUGCAGAAGUAGCAGCAAACGAAAGAAAAUUGACGCAUCUCUUCUCUUGACGCGCAAAUUUUUUCGCUUACGACCAGCAUCAAUAAGCAAAACGGUCGUUUUAAAAUUACAAAAAAAAAAAGUCGACUCUUUUGCUUAUGUCGCGUCCAUAUCAGAAAUAUAAAAACAAAAACGUCCCUCUUAUGUAGUUGAUGGCUGAAGUGAAACGGGAGAUGUCGCCUUUGAAUGCGGCAGACGCCGGUGGUGGAUGCGGCGGCAGUACCGAUAAUAGCGGCAACGUAGAGGUGGUUGGUUCCAAUGGGCCGCAUUCGAACGGAAGUAGCGCUGGUGAUGGCGGCGCACCGGGUUCGAAUAGCGGCAACAAUACCAUUAGUGCCGCCGCCGACUCGAGCGAUAAUCAGCCCGGUACACCGCAACCGCUUACUAAUAAUCACCAAAGUGGUAGCAGCGAACAGCUACAGCAGCAGCAGCAACAACAACAACAACAACCUCAAUUGACUAAUAAUUCUUAUGGAAUGUAUUCCUCGCUAGCAAUGACGCCCAAUACUGGCGUUUCACUGCCUCCCAUGUAUGGCGGUGGCAUUUACGGGACUCCUGGUGUCCAACCGGAUAUGCAGCACCAAGCUGUCGCUCCUUAUCAUAGUUAUAUAAACAACUUCGAUCAAUAUUAUCAGCAGCAGCAACACCAACAGCAACAGCAGCAGCAGCAUCAACAACAAAUUGGCUCUGCUGCUGAUUACGGAUUCAUGUACGCUGGGAAGAAUAGCAAUAGUAGCGACUUUAACGGCGCAGCCAACUCAAUUGUCAAUGGUGUGCGCUAUACUCCGUACCCCAAUCCGUCUACAUCAUGCAACCCUGGCGGGAGUCAUGGAAAUGACGCUUCUCGAAAUGGCACGACGGAAAUCGCUUCAAACGGUAGCGGGACAUUGCCCUUACCCCAAAGCAACGCAACAGUUUCAACGACUACAAGUUCUCUAAGCCCAGGCAUAGUCAGCUCCAGCAGUCCAACAUCAACAUCGGCCCAUCUUCAGCUGAGCAGCAGCUCUACUGCUGGUUCGCCCGGCGGUGGCUGCAAGCUACAGUGCAAGAAGUGUGGCAUCAUUUGUGCCACCGAUAAUGAGUUACAAGAGCACAUUGCUAAUGUGCACGGCGCCUCGCCUUACGGCAGCAGCGGUUACUCGAGCUCGCCAUACAUCAAAGAGGAGUUGUCAUCGGGCUCUCAGCAGCAGUCUAUUGGACAGCAAAGCCAGGGUGGUAAUGCGGGCGAACUGCUCGACUUGGACUCGCAAAAAUUGAUAUACCCGCCCGCAGCAGGCAUUAUGCCAUCGACACUUCAUCAAUCGCAGCAAGUGCAUGAUGCGGUGGGUGCCAGCGAUCCGCUGAACUCCAUGCACAGCAUGCAACAACGCGCCUUGCCCGCCUGGGAACAAACACAUAUACCCAAUGGUGUUGUGCAGGAGUGCUUAGGGUCCUAUAUGCAGCAGCAACAGCAACAGCAGCCGCAACCACAACCGCAACCGCUGCCAGUUCAACAGCAAUCGGACUCGAAUAACAAGCCACCACAUGCCAAUCAAACGGCCUACUACUCGCCCAAGCAGUCACCGUAUCAAGUACCUGGCGGUGGCGGUCCGAAUGUCAAUGCUGGUAUGCCGAUUAAGCAGGAAUAUGGCUUGAUAAAAUCAGAGCCGUUUGCUCCAAAUAUGAACGCUGAUAUGUGCCAACAAGUUCCGCCUCCCGUUCAACAGCAACAGCAGCAGCAAUUAGCUUCAAGCCCAGCUGAGUUUCCUACGACUACAACUACAUUAACCAAUUCCGGCAGAUUACCUGCAAAAUCAGCCACCUGGAAAUCGAAUGAGGCGCGUCGUCCGAAGAACUACUAUUGCCCCGCUUGCAAUAAGUGGUUCACAAGUUCGGGUCAUCUCAAGCGCCACUACAAUACAACAUUGCAUAAGAACGCGGUAAAAUCGAGUGGAAAACCAGAUCCGUCUACGCUUCCUAUUUCUGCGCAUCAUCAUCCGCAACGUGGCCAAGUCACAACUACCAAGCCACACAGCCGACGCAAUAAUAGCAAAGCCGCCGCUGCGGCUGCUGCAGCUGCCGCUGCCGCUCAACAACAGCAGCCACCUGCGCCGGUGCAGCCACCCGAAACGUCCAGAAGUCCGCUGGACUUUCCACAAGGAGCUGCGAGUAUGGGUCACAUGUCGCAAUAUUCCGCUUCACCAUCGCCGACGCAACAAACACAGCAGGCGCAGAUGAAUGGUAUCUCUUAUGGGAUAAACACAAGCGGCUACCAGGCACAGCAGCAACAGCAAUUUUUAGCAUCGCCUACGAAUAAUCAAUCCCCGCAGCAAGCACCAAGUCACAUGAGUGUGGCUGGAACCUCACCAAAUAACACACAAACCGUCUUGAACGGUCACCCAAACGGAUUAGCAGGUCCCUCAACCAAAAUAAACCCACCAUUUCCGGCACCCUUAAUGGGGGGCCUGCUGUACUUCUUGCCAGGAAAAACUAUCAUAAAGAACGAGCCCAAGGAGGACACGAGCACGGACCUGAACACAACGUUGUCGGGGGAGCAGCAGCGCUCUCAAACGAACAUGGCCUCGCCGCAACAGUCGGCAGAGACGGCAGUAGCGACUGCAGCAGUGCCAGCGCAAGUGGAAGGGCAGAUUCAAUACCAGAGUCAAGUGCAGGGGGAUCUGGUACAUGUGGAACGAUUGGAGCUUUCUCAACAUCGACUGGUGGGGGAAUUGGGGCGAGAGGGCUCCUUUCACAGCAGCACGCCCAUUCUCAGCCUGGAACACAACAUGCCAGCGCAAUCCCUCCUUACUACCUCCCACCACCAGCAAUGCCAGGAGCUGCAGCAGCAACCACAAGCAAUGGUGGACACCAUUUUCUCUCCCAUACAGCCGCCAGCGCCAGUCACUUUGCCAGCCAGUAUAACGGAUCAAUACAACCUCAUACCUUUGGGUAUCAACACGCCGCAGCUGCUCAACAACAGUAUGCAGCUGCUGCCGCCGCAGCAGUCCAUCAACACCAGCAUAGCUACUACAGUCAAUAUGGACAACAUCCCUAUGCUGCACAGCCACCCCCACCACCACAUUCAGGACAUCCAGCAACCAGCGCAGCCAUACCAGGAGCGCCUGGUACUACCGUCCAUUCUCAAUAUGCUUCCCAACAGUACCAGCAUCCAGUCGCAGCUGGGCACCAUCAAUUCACUCACCACGCAGCAGCUGCUGCCGCCGCCGCAGCUGCAGCAGCCGCUGCCCACCACUCAAUCCUACCAGCAGCUGCAGCAGGUGUCGGAGCUAGUCCCGCUGGAACCCAUAAUGAAAUAUCACACUACUAUUGGUAAUGGAUCGCCGGUGAUGGAUUUCAGCGGCGAAAUUAUUACGACUGACAAUAGUGGAAGUAGCGAAAGCAGCUCCGGCAUUUUUUCACUAAGCACAUUGGAUUCUUUUAAUGGAUCGCAGACACAGCAGGUGCUUACUGCCGAGGGAGGGAAAAUAGUGCAGAUUCUGCAUUCGCCACUAUUAGAACAGACAUUCUAUUCGUUACCAUCAUCGAGCCAACAAAGUUCACCUGAAUUAUUACCAAUUGCCGAAACGCCUCCUACUGAUAUCGAAUGCGAUUCGAUCACACAUGAAUUGGCUUCUACCACAGAUGAACUCGACAGUGACAACAUUCCUGGAUGUAGUACUGACACCAUCAAAACUAAGAAAGCACGGAAAGCUGCCUCCACUACCAAAAAAGGAUGUGGACGGUCUACCGCGAAACGUCAGCGUGAGUCCCCAACGUGUACCACUAAGCCACCCACUGUCACGCUGCCAAAUGGUCGCAUUAAAUGCCUGGAGUGCAAUAAGGAUUUCAGCAAACCUUGCUACGUAACUCAACACAUCAAGAGCUUCCACUUUGGUGAGUACCCAUACCGCUGCGCCAAAUGCGGCAAACGCUACCAAACUUUGGAAACCUAUGAAAUACACGUCUCGCGACAUGGGGCAAUCGGAGCCUUUAAGUGUAAUCAUUGUGCAAAACAAUUUUAUCAUAGGUCAGAUUUGAGGCGACAUGUCACCAACAAACAUACAAACGAAAGGCUGCAUGUCUGCCCGAUAUGCGAUAAGAGUUUCAGUCGCAAUGAUCAUUUGGGCAAACAUAUUGAAAUUCAUAAUAAACCUAAGAGAGUACCCGCAUCCAAGAAAAGUGGCGAUAAGAAGGUGGCAGGCCAGAAAACAGUUAAGAGGACGAGAAGGAAAGCGAAAACGGAGACAAACGAGACGAAUAAAGACGGUGACACAAAUAGAGCCAACAAAGACGAAAACAAAGACGAAAAAAACCAAUAUAAUAUUAUGGAAUGGGACAAUAUUAAACAGGAAUUAGCACUUGAAAUACCAACAAGUGAAAGUGAUGCGGAUUUACUUGAUCAAUUACCGCUUCAAUCAGAGAUGAUUGAUAUAUCAACAUUUCCUCCACCACAAAUACUACAAAAUCUAACUGUAACUGCACUAACAGUGCCGCUAAAUGAGCAGGCAGGAGGAGGCAGAUUAGGUCGGCAGGGCACAGAUUAUCCGACUGGACUAGAGCAUAGGGAUCAUUUACGUGACUGCUUGACGCUUAUCAAAGAAGAGCUAGAUUCGCCUGCAGACCAACUACAAAGUAAUUAGUUGCCAUUUAAGGCAAUGUUAACAGGGUGUGAUUUCUAUAAGUGCAGGUUAACUGCGCUUAAAUUUUGUAUGCGGCAAUAAGUGCAGAUAAAACUAGACGUACUUUCCAUACAAAAUUUAAGCGUACAUGCAAAUGCGCGGGAAAAAGAAAAAAACACGAAAAAAACCCGCCUGUUAGAAAAUGAAGUAUACUCGUACAGCUAGCAGUUAGAAGUGAUUUCGAAUUCAAACUUAUAGUUUGGACAAUGCAAUAAAAUAUUAUUUACUACUAUGCACGAGACUUGACUUUAAAAUAGUGCAUUUAAUAGCUUAGACAGAUGGUGGCAUUAAUCAAACGAAUUAAUUAGACUUAAUUCUUAUAAUUUAGCCGGAUUAGGGGAAUUUUCGUUGGCAACAUUGCCGAAAAAUCGCAAUUAAUUUCUAUUGUAAAUGAAAAAUAAUGAAACUUUAGAAGAGAAGAUCAAGAAGGAUGCUAGCAAGGAAGGAGGAAGCAAUGCUAGUUUCCACUAAUACAUUCGAAAUUACUUUCAUUGCUUUGCUAUUUCGGUGCCGUUUUCAGAAAUUGCAAUUUAAAAUUUUUUUCAACAAAUUAAUAAAAGGGUCGUAUUUGAUGCCUUCGGUCCAUCUUUUGCUAAAAAAAUCUAACCAAUAAACAAAUCAGCUGUUCACUAAUUUUAGUUUUUGCAACUUUUAUCAGAAUUAACUGCGCUGAUACUCCCGAUUAACGCCGCCAUCUGUUUAGGCUAUAACUUUAGUUUGGCUGAGAAUUUCGCAGCCGCCAGUUUUCUUAGAUAUUAGAAGAUGUAUACAGUUUAAGGCUGUAAGCAGAGUGCUAGAUUUACCCUGUCAGUGAAGCAGGGAAAUAUCAAACAAUUUAACGACUCAGGUAGAAGGUAGCAGUUAAUCAAUCAUUUAAUCAGCUGCAUGCUUUUCUGUAGGGAGUAGGGAGUAUAUAAGUGGUAGGGGGGGAGUUUAAUGGAACUGCUGCAGGCCGAUUAGCAUUAUCGCAUUACGAGCGAUAGAAAAGUUUUUGUGCAUAUGAAAGUGCAAAUAAUGCGGUAGUUUCAGAAAUAAACAGAGAUACUAUAGCUACUGAAGUUAUAGCUGCUUAUAGCUUAGGCUUGAGAUUAAGCCUAAACUUCAAUGAAUUUAUUUCGUCCUAGGAAAUGCAUACUAUUACAAACGAGUUUAGGAUAAGCGUGCGUAAGUGGGUAGAGUGAAGUGGAGAAAAAGUAUGCUCAGCCAUUAGCUGCUUUUUCGUCUCAGCUGCACUCUGCUGCUUCACACUCCAGUUUACUGGCCCAUUUGCAUCGCUUCAGAUCAGCCCACUAAAAAUGGGUCAAUAGUUGCUUGCUCACAACUGCGUUUACUCAGUUCUGCAAGCUGGCACAAACUGCCUAAAUUGCGUAAAUUGCCCGCUAGUUGCAGCAAUGCUAGCCAAAUUUAAACGAAACCACCUGAAAAAGUAGCGCCAUAUUUACAUAGAAAUGUAUGAAUUUUGAAUUUAUUGUUUUUAACGCAAAUACCUCAGCAUACAAAGAUAGCAAAGGAUUCACUCCUUUUUUCAAAUAUAUUUUUUUUUUAUAAAUAAAUAUACUCGAUUGUAGCCAU